CAACACAGAGCGCUAGUGAGUCAGUGUUUACUUAAAAUUUGUUGGGCCGUGUUAAAAUGUCACGUUGGGAUAAUUUUAAUUGAUCGUUUCACUAUUAGUUAGGAGGUAAAAUGUCGCUUCCACCGUUAUGGCCAAAUCUACAGCCCAGGGCAACUGAUCCUUUGUGGUUUAACGCGGAUAAACCGUGCGACGACGAAAGCGAGGUACAAGCUCUUGAGACGGAACAUCAAGCAUGGAGGGAACGCAUAAGAGCUGAAGGCUACGAUUACAUACCUAUUGGAAAGACUGCAAGCGAUUUUAGAGGCUCCGAGGAAGAAGAGGAGGAAGAGGAAGAAGAAGAAGGAGAGGGAGAGGAGGAGGAGGAAUCGGACACACACGAGGAAGAAGAGGAGGAGUUGGAUGAAAUUGAUAUGGAGGUCAGCUACUCGCAUCAGCAACAGAGAUCCAGUCCGACGGACACCGUGACAGAUCCGGUAUCCAUCAGAAUGGUCAGCAUGAGUGCCACCCGCUACACUUAAUCCGUAAUCUAUUUUCCACAUUGUACAUACUUCACUAAGUAUAAUUCCAAUGAUAAGUUAACUGACGUGCAAUUAUACUCUCGAAAAAAAUACUAUCGCAAACAGAGAGAACCAUCCGUCUCAUCCAUAAGUCCGAGUCUGCUUACGAACGCCAAGUAUCGCGUGGCUGGUUAAACUUUCUCUCGAAAAAUCUAGCGAUUUGCUCGUUAAUGUACCGAACGAGCAGCGUUGUGUGCAGCAGCGAAGCCACUCCGGGAAUCAACGGCCGUGUCGCACGCGUGAGCGCACACUUCUUGCGAAUAGUCAGCGUUUUUGGAUUACACAUCGUUGGGUCAAGAACCCGUCCAAUAUUCCGAGGAGUCGAGAGAAAGCCAGGCGAUACUCUCCGCGCAAUGACCUACGGUACUCGCGCACCGCGCCUUGCCUACGGUCUAGGCGCUUAGCGCCAAAGCGAGUGGCGAGAUGAAUUUCUAAAGAGUGCUUCAACAAUUCCACUUUCAAUUCACCUAUCUCAGCCAUCGCGUUCAAACGUGAACAGCGUUUUUCCAGAAGCUUUAGAAUUCACAACGGGAGCGUAAACCCGCAACUUUAAUUCACAACCAAACGGGUUAAUAGGUACAUACAUUCCGAUACACCGUCACACUUAAAUUUAAUAAAUCUUACUUAAUAUAAUGAAACUUAAUAAAAUUACAAACCUACCAUUCGAGACAAAAAUUCUAGAAAUAAUUAAUAAAGCUUAAUCUCUACCGUGA